AUGGAGUUCGGUGAUCGGGUUAAGAAUUGGAUCACAAUAAAUGAGCCACAAUCUUAUGCUUCGAAUGGAUACGCUAAGGGCACUUAUGCACCUGGCAGAGGAAAGAAAAAUGGUGCUGGGAAUCCUGGCACUGAGCCAUACAUUGUGGGCCACAAUCUACUCCUUUCUCAUGCUGCUAUUGUUGACCUAUACCGCCAAAGCUUUCAGGAAAGCCAAGGGGGUAAGAUUGGGAUAACAUUGAACACAUAUUUUUUCGAGCCACUUAAUCAUGAGAAGCAGGAAGACAAGGAUGCAGCCAUCAGAGCCUUAGACUUUAUGCUUGGAUGGUUCAUGGAGCCAUGCUUUAGUGGCAAAUACCCGGACAUUAUGAUAAAAAAUGUUACAGGUGGUCGUUUGCCUGAAUUCACACAAGAGCAAGCCAAAUUACUCAAGGGUUCUUACGAUUUUAUUGGCUUCAAUUACUAUUCUUCGUAUUACGCCACCAUUUUACAACCAAGUCAAGAGCCAUCCUACUUGACAGAUAGUCUUGUUGAUAAGCGACCAGGGCACCGAACUUCGAGAGGGAAGAAGGACGCAACACCGCUUUAUUCAAUCUAUCAAUCUUUGGGGAUCUUCAAUGGAGAUCGAUUUCUAAUACAAUGGAUUGGCGAAACGGAUUUUGAUUCCAGAUCUACGGUAGCGACAUUAGGCGAUGGAAAGAGCGGUAGGCCGUCGAAGGCGGUGGUUGUUGACAAAGGUAUGGUGGUUGUUGGAGGACGGAUGGAGGCGUUCGAUGGAGAGAAGAGGAUGUCAGUGAUGAAUACGAUACAUUGA